AUGGUGAAAUCUACAUUAAUCUACAGAUACGAUGCACUUCCAUUAUGCGGAUCAGUCGACGAUAAUAACGAUCCAUCAUUGAUGGACCAGAAGAAGAAAUGUAAGAUUCUUAUCAGUAGAAUCACGCCCAAUUCCGAACCACAGGCCACAAUUGAGUCGGGACAGUAUAACAUUCACUACUUGAUAGAUAAUUCGAUAAUAUACUUGAGCAUUUGCGAUAAAUCAUAUCCUAGAAAAUUGGCGUUUUCGUAUCUAUCGGAGAUCUCACACGAGUUCUGGAAUUCCCACGGUCAAGAGGCGUUGAGCAAUAGUGCCAGACCGUUUGGGUUCAGUUCGUUCGAUAACUUUUUGGGCAAGACGAAGAAGAUUUACCAGGAUCAAAGAGCGCAAUCCAACUUGGACAAGUUGAAUAACGACCUAGCAGAUGUCAAGAAGGUCAUGACCAAGAAUAUUGAAGAUUUGUUAUACAGAGGUGACUCAUUGGACAAAAUGAGUGAUUUGUCGUCGAGUUUGAGAAAUGAUUCUAUCAAGUAUAGGAAGCAUGCUCAGAAGAUUAAUUUCGAUGCUUUACUCAGACAAUACGCACCAAUCGUUGGAUGUGGUUUGUUCUUUGUCUUCUUGGUUUGGUAUAUGUUCCUUAGAUAG